GUGAUAGUGUUUUAGCGUCCACAAGAAAGAUAACUAAAAGGAUUAAUUUGUGAACUUUUGUGAUUAUGUCUUCCGAAUUAGACAACUUUCUUAUUAAAUUCCUUUUAACCUACGAAAUACAUGUAUAAAGAUUUACAGAUUUUAUUCAACGAAUCGAAGCAUUAGCUGAAAGAGUAUAUAUUUACAUAUCGAUGUACCUACUAGAUUGCAACGCUUUGUGAUUAGUAUAUCAGUUACAGGUGGGAUUAUUACAUUUUGUUAUUAACAAAAUGUCGUUAGCAAGCUUACUACCUACACCAUCUCAGGUCGUGUGGGAUAGAGAAGAUGAAGCAAGGGAACAGAAAUUACGACAGAGACCUGUAUCUGCUCUUGUCAAAGCUGUUGUUACUGCUCCACCAUAUGGCCAACGUAAAGGAUUUGUACCAAGAAAUCCAGAAGAUUUUGGAGAUGGUGGAGCAUUCCCAGAGAUUCAUGUAGCCCAAUAUCCACUUGGGAUGGGAAUGAAGGGAAAAGAAACCACUAGUAAUGCUUUAGCAGUACAGCUUGAUGCUCAAGGAAAAGUGAAAUAUGAUGUUGUUGCUAGACAAGGCCACUCUAAGGAUAAGAUCGUGUACAGCAAACUGAGUGACUUAUUACCUUCAGAAAUUACAAGUGAGGAAGAUCCUAGUUUGCAACGUCCACCCAAUGAAGAAAUUGAUGAACUCACAGAAAAAACUAAGAAGGCUUUAGAGAAGAUAACAAGAUCAAAGAUAGCUGCAGCAAUGCCAGUAAGAUGCGCGGAGAAACAAGCUCCUGCGCAAUACAUUCGAUAUACACCUUCCCAACAAGGACAAUCAUUUAAUUCUGGGGCUAAACAAAGGGUUAUUAGAAUGGUGGAGGCUCAGAUAGAUCCUUUAGAACCACCAAAAUUCAAAAUUAAUAAAAAAAUACCGCGAGGUCCUCCAUCACCGCCAGCGCCUGUGAUGCACUCGCCUACGCGGAAAGUAACAGUAAAAGAACAGAAGGAGUGGAAAAUACCGCCCUGUAUUAGUAACUGGAAAAAUGCGAAAGGAUACACGAUCCCGCUCGAUAAACGACUAGCUGCAGACGGUCGUGGGUUGCAACAGGUUCACAUAAAUGAGAACUUUGCUAAGCUGGCUGAGGCUCUUUAUAUAGCAGAUAGGAAAGCUCGAGAGGCGGUAGAAAUGCGAGCACAGCUUGAGAAGAAACUUGCCCAGAAGGAAAAAGAGAAAAAAGAGGACCAUCUGAGACAACUAGCGCAGAAAGCUAGGGAAGAACGUGCUGGUUUAAAAUCAGCAGCAAUGGAAAAAUCGGAGGAGUCGCGGGAAAGAGAUCAACUCAGGCAAGAACGACACAAGGACCGUGCUCGAGAGCGGAAUUUGGCGCGUGCUGCACCUGAUAAGCGUUCUAGAUUGCAACGUGAACGAGAACGCGACAUCAGUGAACAGAUUGCACUCGGUUUACCAGCAAAGAGUAUUCCUAAUACCGGAGAAGCACAGUUUGACCAAAGAUUGUUCAACACUAGCAAAGGAAUGGAUAGUGGUUACGGGCAUGAUGACGAAUAUAAUGUUUAUGAUAAGCCCUGGAAAGAUUCUAACUCUAUCGGCUCUCAUAUAUACCGUCCUAGUAAAAAUAUUGAUAAAGAUACUUACGGAGAUGAUUUGGAAAAGCUUGUUAAAACGAACAGAUUUGUUCCGGAUAAGGAAUUCAGCGGAACUGAUAGAUCAACGACACGCUCAGGACCAGUACAGUUCGAGAAGGAUGAGGAAGAUCCUUUUGGUUUGGAUCAGUUCUUGAAGCAAGCCAAGCGUGCGAGCAGUUCUACUACCACAACAACAAAACGCAAAGACGAGCGGGAACAACGGAGAGACGAUCGCGACAAACGAAGGAAACAUUAACUUUCUUUGUUGUUUAUCUGUUCUUAUUAUUUUAGAACAAUUUUCCUUUUUUUAAUGUUAUAUAAGUUAGCUCUAGAUUCAAAUAAAUGAAGCUUAAAAUUA